AUGAUGUACGUACGAGCGCUUCCGACGACGGAUGUGAAUCGGAAUACGGAGUGGUUCACGUAUCCAGGGGUUUGGACGACUUACAUCCUAAUCCUCUUCUUCGGUUGGCUCCUCGUUCUCUCCAUUUUCAACUGUUCCCCUGGCAUGGCCUGGACCAUCGUCCACCUCGCCCAUUUCUCCGUAACGUAUCAUUUCUUCCACUGGAAGAAGGGGACGCCGUUUGGGGAUGACCAGGGAAUCUACAACAGGCUGACUUGGUGGGAGCAGAUUGACAACGGCAAGCAGCUCACUCGCAAUCGCAAGUUUCUCACUCUUGUUCCCGUUGUCCUGUACUUGAUAGCAUCUCACACGACAGACUAUCAACAUCCCAUGCUGUUAUUCAACACGCUCGCCGUCUUUAUAAUGGUGGUUGCAAAGUUCCCGCACAUGCACAAGGUUCGCAUCUUUGGAAUCAAUGCAGGCCAAUAA